UUAUUUAUCCAGAGCCCAUUUUCAGGAAAAGAGCUUCCUUCAACAUGGAAAAUAGUGAUAUAAGGAAUCUGGACAUUUUGUGUUUGGAUGACAGUCUUCUGAAUGAAUGAAUGAAAAGAGCACUUAAUCCAAAACAUGUGGUGAAGACAAGAAUUUGAAGAUGGAGGAGUUUACAUUUUUGUUGGCAUGCAUUUUUCUACCCCUUAUAAGAGGGCACAGUUUCUUCACCUGUGAACCCAUUACUGUUCCCAGGUGUAUGAAAAUGGACUACACCAUGACUUUUUUCCCUAAUCUCAUGGGUCAUUAUGACCAGGGAACUGCGGCUAAAGAAAUGGAGCAUUUUCUUCCUCUUGCAAAUCUGGAAUGUUCACCAAAUGUUGAGACUUUCCUCUGCAACGCUUUUGUACCGAGCUGCACAGAACAAAUCCAUGUGGCUCCACCUUGUCGUAAAUUGUGCGAGAAAGUAUAUUCUGAUUGCAAGAAGAUAAUUGACACUUUUGACAUCCUGUGGCCUGAGGAACUUAAAUGUGACAGAUUACAGUACUGUGAUGAGACUGUUCCUGUGACUUUGAAUCCACCCACACCAUCUCUUGUCCCUCAGAAGAAAACAGAACAAAUCCAAAGAGAUAUUGGGUUUUGGUGCCCAAGGCAUCUGAAGACCUCAGGAGGACAAGGCCACAAGUUUCUGGGCCUUGACCAGUGUGCGCCUCCCUGCCCCAACAUGUAUUUUAAAAUCGAUGAGCUCGAGUUUGCAAAAAGCUUUAUUGGAAUUGUUUCGAUAUUCUGUCUUUGUGCAACUCUCUUCACCUUUCUGACUUUUCUAAUUGACGUUAAAAGAUUUAGAUACCCAGAGAGACCAAUAAUUUAUUACUCUGUCUGCUACAGCAUUGUAUCUCUGAUGUACUUUAUUGGCUUUCUGCUCGGCAACAGCACAGCCUGCAACAAGGCAGACGAGAAGCUGGCACUUGGUGACACCGUUGUGCUAGGGUCGCAGAAUAAGGCUUGCACUGUCUUGUUUAUGUUCUUGUAUUUUUUCACCAUGGCCGGCACAGUGUGGUGGGUGAUCCUCACCAUAACCUGGUUCUUAGCUGCAGGAAGAAAAUGGAGCUGUGAAGCCAUCGAACAAAAAGCAGUGUGGUUCCACGCUGUCGCAUGGGGAAUACCAGGCUUUCUGACUGUCAUGCUUCUUGCGAUGAACAAAGUGGAAGGAGACAAUAUCAGUGGCGUUUGCUUUGUCGGUCUCUACGACCUGGAUGCUUCUCGCUACUUCGUACUCUUGCCGCUGUGCUUUUGUGUGUUUGUCGGGCUGUCUCUCCUUUUGGCUGGAAUUAUUUCUUUAAAUCAUGUUCGACAAGUGAUACAACACGAUGGCCGAAACCAGGAAAAACUAAAGAAAUUCAUGAUUCGCAUUGGAGUCUUCAGUGGCCUGUAUCUUGUACCAUUGGUAAUGCUCCUUGGAUGUUACGUCUAUGAGCAAGUGAACAGAGUCACCUGGGAGACCACAUGGGUCUCUGACCAUUGUCAUCAGUACCACAUCCCAUGCCCUUUUCAGGCAAAAACAAAAGCUCGACCAGAAUUGGCUCUGUUUAUGAUAAAAUAUCUGAUGACACUGAUUGUUGGCAUUUCUGCUGUCUUCUGGGUUGGAAGCAAAAAGACAUGCACAGAAUGGGCUGGGUUUUUUAAACGAAAUCGCAAGAGAGAUCCCAUCAGUGAAAGCCGAAGAGUACUACAAGAGUCAUGUGAGUUUUUCCUGAAGCACAACUCUAAAGUUAAGCACAAAAAGAAGCACUACAAACCGGGUUCGCAUAAGCUAAAAGUAAUUUCCAAAUCCAUGGGGACCAGCACAGGAGCCACAGCCAAUCACGGCACUUCUGCAGUUGCAAUCACCAACCAUGAUUACUUAGGACAAGAAACUCUCCCUGAAAUCCAGACUUCCCCAGAAACAUCAGUGAGAGACAUGGGAGCAGAUGGGGCAAGCACUCCCAGACUGAGGGAGCAGGGCUGUGGGGAGCCUGUGUCCCCAGCAGCAUCCAGCACCAGGCUCUCCGAGGAGCAGCUCCAGAGAAAAGGCAGGCCAGCCACUGUGAACGACAGGAGCAGUGUCUCUGAAAGCGUGCAGAGUGAAGGAAGGGCCAGUCCAAAAAGUGAUUUUACUGAAACAAUCCCAGUGCAGAGCAACAACUUGCAGAUCCCUGGCUCCUCACAACCCAGCAGUCUGAAAGGUUCCACGUCAUUGCUUGUUCACUCAGUCUCAGGAAUUAGAAAAGGACAGGGUUCCGGAAGUCACUCAGAUGCUUGA